CCAUCACUUUUUUCAUCAUUAGCCUGGACGGGACCCUGGGAGUGAAAACGAGGUCCGUCCCGUUAAACCUGUAUCCCUUACUCAGUCAGCACUCCGAUAGGAGGACCUAUUCCAUCUACUAUAGACAAAGCAGUGCCCUUCUCAUUCCCAUUCGCACCCUUUUUUCCUCUCCUCGCACUUCAUUCGCUUUAGUCUUCAUCUACAGGAAGGUAUUACGAAACAUCCACUCGACAAAACACCGGUUGUUUGACAGCCACAAUCCCAACAUCAAGGAACAGUAGUAGUACGCAAUGGACCUGGAUUCAGACACACAGGGCUCUGACAAGAUUGACACGGCCAUCCCGCGACAGCUUGUGCUCGACUAUCUAUUGCACAACUGCUAUGGCGAGACUGCCCGUGCGUUCAUGAAGGAUGACUUGGAUGUAGCGAAGGAUUCCGAAGUCAGAAAGAGUGCAGUUCAGCGUGCGGGCCAUAAUGGGCUCAACAACAAUGGUUUCAACGGCACCACCAAUGGCAACACCCAUCUCAACGGGACACAAGCGACACAUCGCAGUCAAGGAGGCGUUAUGAUGCGGAAUGCCUCUGACGACAGCCAACACAGGACAAUGAUGGAUAUGGACAAGCCAGAGGAGCUGCUGGAUCAGGAGGGGGACUCGCCCAUGGGUGAAAGCUAUCUCGACUCACGGGACAGCAUCAGCACGAGCACAUUUACAGCAGACAAGGCACAUGCGCUGCAAAUCGACGAGCAGCUCAAGAACCUGGAAACUCGUAAAGCAAUCCGCUCAUUGAUCUCUCAUGGUGAUAUCGGACCAGCAAUGGAUUUAUGCAACUCAGCCUUUCCCGGUGUCCUAUCGAUCGAUCCGCAUAGUUCGCUGACCUCGCCCGCGUCAAUCCAUAUGAAUUUCAAGAUGCAGUGCCAAAAGUUUAUCGAGAUUGUAAAGUCCGAUCCUGAGCGCGGACCCGACGCUCUCAUGUUCGCACAGCAGGUCCUGCACGACUUUACUCGGCUGGAUCCCAACGGCAAAGAUAUGUACAUGAAGCACAUGGAGGAGAUUGUCUCUGUAAUCGCUUACUCCAACCCUGAGGAUUCUCCGAACGGACACCACCUGAAGCAAGAAGCACGAGACCAUUUAGCUGACAUUAUGAAUAGUGCAGUUCUUGGCUGCAACGGCAUGUCAUGCGAGCCAAAGCUGUUGACGAUCGUCAAGCAGGCAACGCUUGUACGGGAAUAUCUGUCUGGAGAUACGUCAAAGACAAAACGUGGGCUCAAGGUGCCAGCAAGAUGGAGACUAUCCACAUUCCUAGAAGAGUCAAGUUGAAAAGCGACCAACAGCAACAAUAGCAAGAGAACAGACAAUGGCGGUAUUGGCAGUGGUAGUAAGAAUAUCAAAGCAAACCAACAAGGACAGGACGAUGAUUCUCAGCAGCAGGGACGCCAGGGACAACCACCGUUACAGACAGGUUCAUGGCUUCACUUCGUCAUGUCGCUCGGUGGUGCGUUCGUCAGAUCUCGGACCAGCUUUCGAUUUCAAGUUCUCUAUGUAUUUAUUGCUGUUCUGAUUACUUUUGUCUUAUGUCGUCGUCCUCUUUCCGAUUAGAGCGAGUAUUUCUUUGUUUCGUUCCUUUUUACAGCCUGUCCGUUUUGUUUUGUUUUUGUUUCUCUCUCUCUCUCUCUCUCUCUCUCACACUCUCUCUCUCUUUCGUUCGUCUUACUGCAACUGCGCCAAAUAAAG